ACUCCUGACUCUCUCGGCUGGAUGAAUAGAGAGAGAGCGCGCAGAGCGGAGGACUGGAGGCGGUGGAGGAAAGAAAGUUACUGAGCUCCAGAGAUAAUGAUUCACACGUGAAGAAGAGGGACAUGCCAGGACCCUCCAUCAGUUCCAGACCCCUGUGGAGCCCGGUGGAGCUCGUGCUGACGGUGUGUUUUUGUGUAAACUAGUGUAAAGUGUGUGUAAAAGGGAGAAGAGUGAAUCUGUGGGUUUAUUCAGUCAACUGACAGCAGGACCGGCUGUAGUUAAUAACUCACUCCGUCCUCUCCCCGCGCGCGCGCGAGACACGCUUCCGGACUCGGUGUGGUUCCUGCCGUCUGUACCGGGGAGGAGAUGACUGUUCUCCAGCACGCGGACAUGCUCUCAGUGAAGGUGGCGGAUUUGUGCGUCCUGUCAGUCAGUCAGCAGCGCUGGGAUAAUGCGAGUGCAGAGCUCACGGCCUGUUGAACACCAUUAGCACUUGUCACAUCAGUCCAGCCAAGGUCGUCGCUCCUGCCCUCAUCCCCAGACCUCCCACCCAGCCUUAAACAGCACACAGUCACUUUCCCUCUGACACCGGACCAUGGAAAGCCUAAGCGAGCUGCAGAAUCCUCUCCUGGACAAGAACAGUAAACACAUAGUCAAGGCAGACUACGGAUACAGGAGCGACUUCCCCACUAACCAGUACCAGGAGAACAUCAUCAACUACUUUGUGACGAGUGGGGGAGGUGGCAGUGUGGGAGGGGUCGGGGGAGGCGGAGGAGAAGUCGGGGUCACGCCAAGCAACGGCAAGGCCAAAUCCCAGCUCCUGGAUGCCACUUCCCUGCACCUGGCCGUAGAAGCCUUCUACAAGCCCAACUUCAUCCUCUACAAGGACGACGUCACCAUCAAAGGCAAGGAUUACAAAAGCGAGUGCUGCGAGACCACCUUCACUGAAAAGAAAGAUAAGGAAGCCACUGUGGAGACCCCCAGCACUGAAGACCCACAGGCUAAGCUACUGGAUGAGAACGAGGUGAAGAUCCAGACGGUGUCCUACGAGGUGGAGGAAGAGUACGUGGAGUACGAGACGGAUUGCUCCAGUGACAGUGAAAGUGAGGAUAACUUCAUCGUCAUCCCUCCUCGUGAUCACCUGGGCCUGGCUAUCUUCUCCAUGCUCUGCUGCUUCUGGCCUCUGGGCAUCGCUGCUUUCUAUUUCUCUCAGGGGACCAGCAAAGCCGUGACAAAGGGAGACUUCCCCAUGGCCAGCAUCGCCUCGAGACGGGCCCUGUUCCUGGCUGCUCUCUCCAUCACCAUCGGGACAGGGGUGUAUGUGGGUGUGGUGGUGGCCCUCAUCGCCUAUCUCUCCAAACCGGGUCACAUAUAGCAGAAGGAACGGGAUAAGGACCUAGAAAAGCCUCUUCAAACGCAGUUACGCCUCUGAACUUUUGGCAAAUUUCCCUCUCGCACAUCUCCCUCCCCUCCCUUGGACUGCCCGUCGUCCCAAAUUAGAGACAGAGGGAUGGAGCCAGAGAGGACGUUUGGGAAAGCUGGGGCACUUUUCAUCAAAGCAGCACCUGAGUGAAUGGAAAGCUUGUGCAGAUGUGGCUUGGCCUCGUGUGACUCCACAGCAGCCGCAGCUCCUUUGGGUAUCUGAACUUUACACGCUUGCUAAAGUCUAAGAGCAUUUUGGGCAAAUGGGAAAAAAAACAAACUAGAGGAAGAAACAGAGCAUCCAAUUAAACUACUCCUGAGGGAGACUGUUCCAGAGGACACUAUGUAAGGAUCAAAAGAGAACCCAAGUGCCCUUGGAUUUGAUUUCUCCCUUGUAAGCUGAGAUCCGUUUUCAACCAGAAGAGAAACGUAAAGCAACUGUCUACUUCUACUAUAGUCUUUUCAUUUACUCAGUCGGUUAAUAGCAUCACUGAUGGCAGGGGCUCAAAAAAAUAGCCCUGUCGGACACCGAGAGCCCAUCAGUCUACAAACCAUUCACUGCAAUCCUGUUAUACUGAGUUGGUAUAAUGCAGCCAUAUCUCACCAUCUGUUCUGCAAGACAAUUCAGAACCAAACCGACUAAGGAUUAGAAUAUCAAAUCCUAUUAUAUGUUUACCUUCCUAAUAGGCAAUGCCGGCAUGAAUACCGAAACCUCACUAAGGUUUUGAACUGAGGAAGGACAGAUAUCAUGCUUGGCAGUACAUCCUCGGCGGGGUGUGAACUACAUCAGUAUUCCUAUCCAAGAGAAGCGCCGCUCCAUAUGAAUACGGCCUCUGCUGCUCUCUGUGCAACUCUAACUCAUUUACGGCUCAUGUUUUGUAUUCUUUGUUUCUCCUCAUUGUGUCCGAGCUCAAAGCUCUGCUACUCUCACUACUCUGGCCUUAGGAUGCCUGCUGUGGAUAGAGACAGGCUAGGAAAAACAACACCACAACAUCAUCAGAAAACAAAAACACCCCCCACAUAUCUCUGUUUGAUUUCAGUUUUUCUCGGUGUGGUUUCAACUUCUAGUCUGCUUAACAGCUAAACAGAGAUGAGAGAAGAGUAUGAAUACUCUUUAAACUAAAGGUGCCACAAAGGGUUCUUUGAGCGAUGCCAUAGAACAUUUCUUAUUAUAUUUUUGAGAUUCUCCACGUUCAACUAAUUGCACUCAUCGUCAAAUAAAUGGUUUAGAAAAUAGCUUAGCUGCACCCAGAACGAAGGAAGGUAGGUUACCAGGAACAAUAAUUGAAACAGACGUAGUGUGAUGCAACACAUGUGCAACACAACAUUUCCAGACAUCUCAGCAUGGAAUUGUAGAGGUUCCUAAUGUUGUCCUGUGAUAAUUAAUUCUGUGCAGCUUGAAUCUUCACCCAAUUCCUGCAGAUUAAGAUGACAGCAGUAUGCACAUAAGCAUUGUCUUAAUUAUAUAGCGCAAUGGAUUGUGCAUUCUGAAGACAUAGGGCUGUUGGUUGCAGGACCUUAUUACCUUUAUUAAGAUCGGAUCUUAAGUGUGCCUGUAAUAAGGACCAAAGGUGAUCUGGCAUUGUGCAAAAAAAAAAUUGCUACGCAAACUAUAGCACCAGGCCUUCAGGAUUUUUGACACAUGACAAAAAUCCAUUAAUGUUAGUGCUGAACACAGUACUGAACAUGGUGCCACAUCCACACAUAGAUUUGUUGGACAUCCCCAUCAAGACAAAAGCAGGACUCAUCACUAAAGAUAACCCACUGCCAUUCUGAGUCGUCACUGAACCAUGAACAUGAAAGUGGUGCAUGACCACCCACCAAGUUUCGUUCCUGUCGGUUAAUUCCUUCUGGGUACAGUCUUGUUUAUUUUUUUAUAUACAGUAUAUGGCAGGGGUCCUCAAUAGGUUUUGAGAUAAACUGUUCUGCAAUUGGGUUCAACAACCCUCUGGGCUGGAGAGCUACUAGUCUGUAGCACUCCAUCUCAUUACACUUCAUUUUCCAAAAAUAUUUUUUUUUGUGGCCCACCAGUUAAUGGCUUGAAAAAUAUCUGUGCAGCAUUGAAGACCAUUGCUAUAGAAGAGUCUGAUAAAUCAGGUUUGUAGACAAAAAGGUCUUAUCUACUCAAAUAACAUGCCCUUGUGGGCCCUGUAUAUGUAACCCAAAUGGAAACCAGAAAGUUUGGUCCAGAGGUUCCAUAUGGGAGCUUUAUGUAUGAAUGUCAGUGAUUGGACCAGGAUGGGUUAAAAAUGGACUCCACUGCACACUACAUAGUAUGGGCCUAGAUGGGACCAAUGAUGAAGAUGGAGCCUGAGCCUAAGCAUUCUAGCUGGAAUGCAAUGAAUGUAAAUUACCUUUUAAAGGUUAAGAGAACCAUAACAACAUACAUUUGUUAUGUUGUUUCAUAAAAUUAAAGGGUUUCUAUUAGUGAAAUGUGUUUUAUGCCACAUGAAAUCGUUUCUCUAUGACUUUGUACAAAGACCCUUUUGGCACCUUACAUUCUAAAGGUUGGGGAAAAAAACAUGCACAGUAUAAAGAUACACCUGGUCAAAAUCAGGUAUUCCAGAGCAAAGACAUCCUUUACCAGAUAUGUAUUUUUAUCUGGCAAAUAGCUGCGAAAUAACAGAGAGACAUGAAUCUGAAUUGAUUGAACGACCAGUUUCACAGCAGGGUCUCUGAUGAAAAAAAAAGGUUCCUGAUUGAAUCUGAUUGAGCUGAUUAAUAAUGUAUCUCAUGUUUCCAGGUAAAGCUAUGGUGAAGCAACAUAUAGUGUAUGAAGUGGUCUGCUGUUGGCUCCCUUAGUGCAAAACCUGGGAAAAAGCCUGAAUCUGGUUUCAUACGUGCAAAAAUAACACCAUGUGCUAAGCUCAGUAUGCCCAUUUUAACUGGCUGAUGGUUCCUGUUUUUCAGAAAGAUGAUAUAAAUUGAUAUAACAGUAUUAUCAUUCAGUGGCUCACUCUCUUUGGUAAACAAGCUAGGUGAUAACAAUAGCCACAAAUCUAAUCGUAAUGAGCUCCACAGUGACAUCUAGACCUGGUGAGUUCACUGUGGAAUUGAGAAUGAGAUACUGAACGGCUUUGCUGCAGCGUGCACCAAAAAUAGCAUGAAAUCCCACCUUGUCAAGUCUGGGUUAUUUUGAGGCAUGAGUAGAAAAUGUCUUGUUUUUCCAAUUGGAUGGACUGAUCUAAUAUGUGGGCUUCAGUUUCAAGGCUACUUCACGCCUAACCCAGGGCUUGAGCUGAUGUAUCCACCUGAAGGGCAAUGUCCUGUACCAUAUAUAAAUCAUGUAUAAAGCUCUAAUAUACGAACCAUAUCCAGUGGUCAUAUGUGACACAUCACCAUCGUACGUGAUGCGAUUUAAUAUCGUGAAAACCCCAUGAUGGAAACAAGCUUUACAAAUGAUUUCGGUUUGGAUUUUGUUCACACGUGCACACUCACUGUUCUCAAACAGCUUUGCAGAUUUUGAAAGGGCAUUCUAAGAAAAGUUUAAAGGCAUGUUUUUACUCAGCUCUUUUUUCCUAGUUUUCGGUCUUUCAAAGAUUUUUAGCACUGUGUGGUGCAGUAUUAUGGAUUUCUGUGUUCUGUUUAUGACAGAAAACAGAAAUCAGAACACACACAGCUACAAUAACAAACUGAAGUUAGUUACUUAGGCUACGUUCACACAGCAGGUAAAGUCACUUAAAUCUUUUUACAGUGCUCUUGAUCUUGAUCAUUUUAAUUUAUUUUUUCUGAUACUUUUGCACCAAACAUAUAUAGCAUAUGCUUCACAUGAAGUUUCAGUUUCAUCUUUUCCAGCAUCACAGGACCUAUGGAGUUCCAGUGGCUGACAGCUGUUUGUCAGUGCAUUAGUUUCCUUAAAAUAUCGGUUUUGUUUUUUAAGUUUUUCAUUUUCCUUUGACAGUGCAAAUGCACCAUGUCCUCCAGUAAAUGCGUUCAGUCAUUUCUUUAGAAGUAUGGACCGUUCCUGAUUGGUGCCUUCUAAUUUUGUGUGAACAGCAACACCACAGAACAAAGGUCAUCUACUUCUCUUACUGCUGUCAUCAGUUUUUCCUUCUUCUCAACACAUUAGAGCUUAGAUCAGGUUCAAAAUAUCCAGCCCGACCCGGUCAGAGCCCGUGCACGUUCUGCCCGAGCCCGCCCGACCUGCCCCAUAAACUGUCCCUUUAAGCCCAAACCCGAAUUAAACCGCAAAAUUUUCGUUGCCCAGUUAAAACUGAGCUUUUUCAAAACAUUUUCGAGCUAUUUAAAUGAGCGAAAUCUGUUCAGAAGGAUGUUAAUUAACACUGCAACACUGAAAAAGCAUAGAUUACGAUCUAUGAUUUAAGAAAAAAUGUUUAUUAAGAACAGAUCUCCAAAAGAUUAAAACAUGAACAAUGCGAACAAUGAUCCACAACCUAAACAUCAGUAAAUUAGGCUACAAGAAUAAUGUCUGAAUGACUUUCCUCUAAUCUAAUCUAAUUUGACAUGGUUUAAAAAUUAAAAAUCAUUUCUUAACAAACAAAUUUUUAUAUUAAGCUUUUAUAUUAAGUCAAAAACCAAAAAAAAUACUAAUAAGGCUGCACAGCACAGCGCUGCAAGUCAUGUGCAUAAUACAGAAAAGUGGAGUUUUUACUGCACACUUGUGCAACUUUUAUUUAAAAAACAGUUUGAUUUAUUACUUUGCUAAAUUGUAAUUAUCACACCAUAGCUUUAUAUAAAAUAAAAAUAGAAUAAAAAACAGAUGCCUUUGUUAUAGACUAUUUUCUUGGGCACAAACCGACCCGAGGAAAGUGGUGGUAAAUCCCAAGUUCGGUUGGGUUUGGGCAGAGAAUCUAAGCUCUACAGCACAUCUAUCAAUGUUAUGCGAUGGCAAAGUUAAAUUUGGACUAACACUUUAAUUUCAGUCUGGCUAUUCAAAAUUUCAUCAGUUUGUAUUAGCAAUGGCCCUGUAUCAGAUAUUCAUCAGAUUUCAGUACAGCAUAAGAAAGUGGCCUGAUGUAAACAAAUUUCUGACUGUUUAAAAUGAACAGUGUUGCCCUGUAUCAGAUAUGAAUGUGAUUUUUUAGAUUGCUAAAUGUGACCUGAUGUGAACUAAAACUAUCAGAUUCAGUGUAUUUUUUGUCUUUCACAUGGCCAUGCAGAUCAUAUUUGUGUCACAUGAUAAAAAGAUCAGAUUUGGGCCGAUUCUACCUGCUGGUGAACUUUUGAGAAUCAAGCUGAUAAGGGCACACUGGUAUUUUAAUACGGUCUGUUAUUAAAAUGGGGCCAUUCAGUCAAGACAAACUGGUACGCAAAAUUUGGAAACAAUGUUGGAUGUCUGAAUUAGUUUGAUUUGUGAAAAACACUCAAAAUCGACUUCUUUUGCACUUGUAGGCUUUGGGCAUGUUUUUUGGCACUGUUAACUUGUGAUGUAGCCUUAAAGACAACCAUUAAAAUAUUAGAAACAUAUCUCCAAAAUUCCAAAAUAAAACGAAGGCAAGGCAUUCUUUACAUUCUUACAGUGUAAGUAUGUUUUUGCUGCAUCUCUAUUGGUCCAUUUAUCAUGAAAUCUUUGUGUUAUUGAAAAGAAGGCUGCUGUGUUCAAAUAAUCUUAAAAAAAAAGGAUUUGUCUCUUUUAAAAGGUGUGGUGAUAUUCUGACAGUAGUAGUUUAUUGGUUCUUUUGUCACUCCAAACAGAAAAACAAGCAGUGUCGCCAUUUUAAUCACGUACUGGGUGAAUAAAAGAUGGCACAACAUUGUGCUGUUUGCUGAAGCCCUGUGAAAAUCGCUCUUUUCAAAGGUUUGCGCUUCUUCAAGUCUCCAAGGGCCUGUGAUUCACAUCUGAGCUCUGCUGAUGUUGUUGCAAAAGUGGGCUUUAGCAAAUGUGUUUCCAUUGCAUUCACCGGAGCGUUGAAAGCCAACAUUAGGCACUUACAGUUUCCCAGCGCUGGGCCAUGCAUUAGUCAUACCUGACAUUUACGCUUUACAAUUAGCUUCCCAUAAUGGCGUUUUCUGAGAGAGCCGGUGUUCUCUGGAGCAUAACCAGAAAUAGCACAACAGAAUCAUUUUUUACAAAUAAGGCCUUGCGCUUUGGUGGAGCUGCUGGAGCCUGACCGGACAAAUACACAGCACCACUACGUCUUUUGCAUUACAAAAAACAAAAAAGAUAAAUUAAAAACAAUAAUGACUAGAAAAUAAGACCAAUAAUGAGAGUUCUGAGAAAACAAUAACCCAACAUUUACUGUAUCAGAGAUGGGGGAGGUGAUGUACAAUUAUAUUUAACAUACAGAAAAAAAAAAUCCCAGACUGUCCCUAAGAGAAGCAUUCAUCUUAUCUCUAUCAAAGUAAGCACAAGGUGAUAUCUACAUCAGAGACCUGAUUUAGACCUUUAUGAUCUAUUAAAUCUUAUGUGUUAUGUGUUCACUUCAUUUAGGUUUCUUAUAAGCGCUUCUGUGUCUUCUCCUCCCAUGACUGUCCUUCGGGCUAAACGCGUUUUAAGUGGCCAGAAAUCCAUCUCAUGUCUCUGCUUACAUUUCUUGAUAUGACCAACACUGUAUUUAAAAGUAAUCUACUGUAUGUUUGACCUUUGGAAAUGUUCAUGGCAAGUAGCUAUCUGCAUUGUGUUUGGUUAGAUGUCAUUCAACUUCUGUGUUUUUUAAGGCUGUUAAGGUAAACCUGGUACGGUACCGUGCGAUUGCACAACACACAUACGGAAGUGCUUUGAGAUAAGAACAUUGUGGUGGAACAUCGUCAGAAGAGACGUGUUUAAAGCAUCAUGACAAUACCAGGGUGAAUGUGUGAUCUAAGUAUUGUGUUUUUAUCUCUUUCAUGGCCAGAAUGUGCUUGUCAUGAUGUGAGUCGAUGACAUGUAAAUACUGCAAAUAAAAGAUGAAAAGACGCUGUAUAAAAUAAAAGAAGUUUGAGACAAAA